GGAAUUUAAACGGACGGUUGAAAACAUAUUCUCAUGGCUGAUUUCCCAGCAGAUUUGCAGAGUUUCAGACAUUCUCUUCCUUACUUAGGAAUUGAUCCAAUAUUCAUGGAACCAAUCAACCAAUUUGCAGGCAUAAGCCAGAACACCCUGCAAAAUUCAACCUUGAAUUUGCAGGAUUUUAUGCCUAAUUUCUCCUCCAAUGGCAGCCCCUUUAGCCUUCAAGCUCCUGAUUUUCCUGGAAAUUGGACAGAAAAUUUUCAGGGUAUUAUCAGUCCUGGAAACCAGCAGAAUACAGUGGCAGUUUCUCACCCAAUCAUGACAGAGCAAAAGAAAUUCCAUGAAAGCAAGAAAAGAAAAGCAAUGGAUUUAUCCGAAAGCAGUUCAGGAAAUUCAUCUCCUAGAGUUUCUGGAAGUGGGAUCAAGAGAAGAAAUGGUUCUGGAAAAGGGAAGAGAGGAAAGGGCAAUGAUGCGAAAGAGAAGCAAGAUGAGGAGAAACCAAAAGAAGUGGUCCAUGUCAGAGCAAGAAGAGGCCAAGCUACUGAUAAUCACAGUUUGGCAGAAAGGGUUAGGAGAGGGAAAAUCAAUGAGAAAUUAAGAUGUUUGCAGGAUAUUGUCCCUGGAUGCUAUAAGACUAUGGGUAUGGCAGUAAUGUUGGAUGAGAUUAUUAAUUAUGUGCAGUCCCUACAGAAUCAGGUUGAGUUUCUUUCGAUGAAGCUCAGUGCAGCAAGCACAUAUUAUGACUUCAAUUCAGAAACAGAUGAUAUAGAAACAAUGCAGAGAGCAAAAGCACAGGAAGCAAAAGAGAUGGAAAGAUUGAUGAGAGGAGGAUAUGGAGGCCCUUCUUGCUUCACAUCAACAUGGCCAUAAUCACUAUUAUCUUCUGGAUCUUACUCUUAAUUCUGCCUCAAAACACAUAAACAUGUUCGAUUUUCGACAAAUACUUUUCAUUUCAAGUGCUAGAAUAUUUGUCUUCAUGCUAAAUCAAAGCAUAGGUGAAAAUUACACAUGUAAUUUCCAGUCAUAUGUAUGAAUAUAAACAGAUGUUGUAAAA